CCGCCUCCUGCAACGCCCCACCCUGCCUCACCACGCGCCGCUGGCCGCCGCCGCCCACCCCGCUGGCGCGCCUACCCCUACCCCGAGUGCCCCCACACCCGCAGCCUUCCACUGCCGGCGACCCGUGGCCUGCCACCGCCGACGACGAGGAACUGCCGGAUCUCGACGAAUCAGGUGGGGAAUGGCGCGUAGGCAGCGAAUCUGGAAGGAAGGCGGCCGGGGCUUGGAGCAUGACGGCUGCCGGUGCGCCAUAGCAUUGGGGGGAGGGGGUGUCCCAUGCUCCGUCCGUUUGUGUCCGCGCGAGGAGCUCACCCCCAAAUAACUCCUCGGGCGUCCUGCGGGCCCAGGCUGGAGGCGGCAGGCCCCAGCGCGGGGAGCCCGCCGCGAGGGCAGACAAGAAGGUGUCGAUUCGGAUCUCCGGGUCCGACGACGCGCCUGGCGCCGGCGGGGGACGCGGGAGGGCAGCAGCUCAUGGGUGAGGAGGCCCCCGCGACGCGGGGGGGGGGCCUCGAGGCCGGCACGGGCGGCGGGAGGGGGGACUCGACGUACCAGGGCUAUGACGUGCAGUGUCUGGUGAGGUGGGUGGACCACGUGCUGCCCUUCUCCCUGCUCCUCCUCGACGUCUUCAUCCUCCAGCACCUGCAAGGUUUCUUCGUAAUGAUUUGGAUUACCGCAGUCAUGUUCAAGUCAAAUGAUAUCUUGUGCAAGCAGACCGCUCUCAAGCAGGCUACAAGGUUGGGGGAGCGACCCUGCCGUUGUCAUGAUGACUGCUCCUUCUGGCCGGAUCGAGGCACGAAGACCUGUGGGAUCCCCUCCUUCGGCAGGACCUCCUCAUCUGAUUGCACUCUUGCAUGGACAGAGAGUGGAGCGCCAGCUUCAGUUUCUCAUCUGAUCCCACUUCUGGACUCCAUGAAUGAAGCUCGCAGGCACAGCCACAUAUAAUCUCACGCAUUCAAAAUGCUAGCUACAUGAAAUACGCCCAGAUUUACGAGUAGAAAUCCAAGAUUCCUCCUCUAUGUUCAAUUUUCCUAAUAGGAAGAACCAUACCAACAACCCUUGAACUAGAUUGGUCGAAGCAGCAUACAUACAUAUUCAUGUUUUACAUUUUAAAUUUGAAGACCAAGGCAACUCCCGUCGAUUUAAUUGGAGGCAUUGCAGUCCAAUUGUUCUAAGGAUUGGAACCAAAAAUCCACAGGCAUUGCAGUCCAAUUGUUCUAAGGAUUGGAACCAGACGUGUGACUCAAUACUGCUUGGAACAUCCUUUUAAGGUAUGUUCUUCUUCCGGGAUUGCAGAGAGCAUGGACCACCGUAUGGAAGGAGAUGUCAUCCUUGACUGUCGUUGUCUUUGGCAUGUUGCUACCAUUUUUUUUAAUACUUACACUGCAGAGACCUCAGUAUAUCCAUGUAGGUCAUGCCUUCAAAUUAGUUUUUUGACUCUUAUGUACGUGUGUGCUCUUGCAUUACUUACUGGAUCUUGUUGUAUACGAUGAUCCAAUGUCAGCUAUACAAAGGCUCUGAAUUAAAUUUUUUGUCAAGUUCAGUUUAGAUUUAAUUUUAUUCCACCUCUUUUUGAAUGGACAAUGUGUGUGCUGUUUAAACGAACACUAUGUGACAUUCAUAGGCAUUGUGAGGGCAUGGAGAAAGGAUUCAAUUUUUUAUUCUUUUUUUCAGCGUUCAGAGCUGUUACCUGCUACACCUACACACAUGGGAAACUUAAAUGUAGCAGUCCAAAAUUAAGAAGCAAACUUUAUUGCCGGUCAUCAAAAAAUCCAGUGACACUGCUGACACACGAGCAACUUCAUUUUUUAGUAGAGUUAGUAGAUGAUGCAGAUGACAGUUCUACCUGCAGGAGGUCCUAGAGGAUCCUUAAAUAUUGUACUACAUAAUCUCUUUCCAGAUUCUUGAAACUUGCACUCUUCUGUUGAAUUUCGCAUUUUGGUUGAUCUGUACUGCUUCUUUUAUUGUUGUCAGCCUAGAAUUAUAUCGCAUUUUAAUCUUUAAUGGGAAGAUUCAUAAUUAUGCUUUCAUACCAAUUUGACUGCAUGAUUUAAUUAGUGGCUGCAAUAUUAUUUCAUGGUCCACAACAGAACUAAAGGUGUCAAAAUGAAACAUUCUUCUUCCCAUGUAUCAAAGUAUU